AUGAGCCAUUGGCCAACUAAAGCUGCAAUGACAAAUCCCAAAGAAGCCACUCCUCCUCCCACCUCGAGCGCGGACGAGAAACCCCACGCCGCACCCUCAUUACCAAACUCACCGCUCGCCAAACGCCCCAAGGUCGCAGCCAUGGCAAUCCCAGAGACUACAGAGACACCGUCUGCGGCUACUACUUUGCCGUCUACCCAGUUGCUAGUCAAGAAACUGAUACCCGAAGCACGCGCACCCACACGGGGAUCUGCCUUUGCUGCAGGGUACGAUCUAUAUGCUGCGAAGGAUAUCGUGAUUCCUGCCAGAGACAAGGGCCUAGUGUCGACCGGACUUGCAAUUGCUGUUCCAGAAGGGACCUAUGGAAGGAUAGCACCUCGCAGCGGGCUUGCGGCGAAGCACUUUAUCGAUACCGGAGCUGGUGUGAUCGAUGCUGAUUAUCGAGGAGAGGUUAAGGUCCUCCUGUUCAACUUCUCAGAUGUUGACUUUGCCAUCAAGGAAGGUGAUCGAGUUGCCCAGCUCGUCCUUGAGCGAAUUUAUACCCCAGAAGUCCAAGUUGUUGAGCAACUGGAAGAGAGUGUACGAGGUGCUGGUGGGUUCGGAAGCACAGGCUAA